GAAGGACAAAAGAAGCAUGUCUAAGCGAUCUAAAUCCAGCAAGAGCAAGAAGUCAAAGAAAGACAAGAAGAGUAAGAGAGACAAGGAAAAAGAGAGACUCAGGCUACAACAAGAGCAGAAAUUAAGAGAAGAACAAGAAGAAAGAGAGCGUCAAGAACAACUAAGAAGGCUUAAAUAAAGCAAUGUACCUUGAUAAGAUGCUUUUUGGGUUACAAGACACACUUGCUAAAGAGGGAAUUGAGGUCAGCGAAAAAUGAAUAACAACUGCUCAAGAAACAGAGCAAGAGAUUUAUAAAAAGAUUCACGACCAGAUAGCGGAAGGAUUGUUAAAAAUUCCUGAUGUAUGAUUAUUGACCAAAAUUUAGUAUAAAAAGGGAGAACAAAACACAAUCGAUCCUUUAGUGGCUGAGAUCAGUACAAUCGAGAAGAAAAAGAAGUUAAAGAAAGAUAUAACCUACAUGCAUUUAAAAUAAUGAAAUUCAAAACCAAGAAUACAAGGAGAUAAAGAAAUAAGAUAGACCAAAACACAGUCGAUGAACUUCAGAACUUAAAUAAAACCUCCAUGGAAGUAGCUAACUCGGAACAUACAGAACGUAACAUAAUGACACCUAGCUCGUUCAACAACCUAAAAAAGGUGAUCUUCAGGUCAAAAUCUAAGGAAGAAGGACAUAAAUUUCCAAAUAAACUUUUGUCUAAAAUCCGAAAGCAGAAGCUAGAAACAGCACAGAUGAAGACAAAGAGACUUCAUGACCAGAAUGCCAGGCUGGAGAAGGAAAUCAAGAGGCAGGAAGAAAUUAAGGAGCAGAAAUAAGAACGAGAUGAAACAAAGCAUCCUCAAUAAAUUGGAUGAAAUGGCAAAGAAGCGCAGUGAAGAACGGGAAGAAAGAGAAAGAAUGACUAAAGAAUGGGAACUCAAGAAGAAGGAAUUUGUCAAUGGAAGUUACCUUCAUGAACGCAUUGCUCAACAUGAGAAUAUGUCACUUAACCUAGACCUUUCUCAUGACAAAUUAGAGACUAAGAGCAGUAUCAAGAAAUAUCUUCCACUUGAUCAUGACCAGCUGAAAGUAUUCGAAAAAGAUUACCUAAAACGCAAAAAGGUUUUUAUCGAAUCUAGGAAGAAGAGAAGGCUCCAGGACGGUAAAAGUAUCUCAAAGCUCAGCAUCCCAACUAGUAAGAAAUGGGAAGAACUCAAGAAAAGAGAAGAGGAUGAAAAGAAGCAAGCUAAAGAAAGAGUUAAAGAAACAUUUGAUUUAGCUGCAAAGAGGCUUAAAUAUUCCGAGGAGGUGAAGACAUCUCAUUGGCCAGAAAUCUCUAAAAAGAAGAAACAAGAAGUUCUUGAUCGUAAGAUUGAAACGGAAAUGAUGACUUCCAGAAUCAAACAGUCUAAGAUAAUGGAUUUAAAAUCCGACAAACAAAGAACAAGUAGGAUGAGUAACUCGAUUGUCACUUCGACUGGGAAGUCAGAUGGAAAUCACAAAGUUUCAAAUCUACCUUCUUACCAGAGAUAUAGACUUGCUAAGCCUAAGAGAAGAAACGAGAAAAGGAAUAGAACUAUUGACCUAAACUUCCAAUCUAAAGCUCAUAUGAAGCCAGUUGGGGAAAAGAAAGGGUAUAAGGACUACCUCAGAAUUCUGAGGGAAAAGAGAGAAGAAGACCCUGACUCACACAAUUUAUCAUCAGCUAGACAUAUCUCAGACUGGAAAGAUUUGAUUAACGGGGAUAAGUAUGACGAACGAACAAGAUUUGAAAUGAUCAAGAUGAAAUCUCAACAAAUAGACCAGAUUUAUAAGAUGAAGGAGAGGACAUUGGAUUAUGUCGAUGCUCCAUUAACUCAAGCACAUGAGCUGAGUGAUAUGCUUGUGAACUCAAUCCAUGCAAAGUUGAAUGCUCUGAAGAAUCUUGAUAAUUCUCAGGCAUAG